CAGUCAUCCUGUACCCCCGAUUUUCCGCUAUAAAACGCCGGCCUCCGAUCCCCGAUGCCUUCUCGCCCCGCCCCGUUCAUCUCCCGCCUCCGCCUCCUCAGAACCGCCGUCGCCUCUCCGGCCUCCUCCGCGCUGCUGCCGCACAGCCACCCGCGCCUCGCCAUCCCAGCGGCCGCGCCGCCUCUUCCCCGCGCCUUCGCCGCCGCCUCCUCGCCGCUGGUCCGCCCGGGCGCCGCCCGAUUCGCGCACUUCAGCAUGGCCGCAGCCGCCUCCUCCGCUUCGUCCGUCCACGACUUCACCGUCAAGGAUGCAAGUGGGAAAGAUGUUGACCUCAGCACCUACAAGGGGAAGGUUCUGCUCAUCGUCAAUGUUGCGUCCCAGUGUGGCUUGACCAAUUCCAACUACACGGAACUGAGCCAGUUGUACGAGAAGUACAAGGACCAGGGUUUUGAGAUCCUUGCUUUCCCAUGCAACCAGUUUGGCGGGCAGGAACCUGGCACUAAUGAGGAGAUUGUCCAGUUUGCUUGCACCCGCUUCAAGGCCGAGUAUCCGAUUUUUGACAAGGUUGAUGUCAAUGGCGACAAUGUUGCACCCAUCUACAAGUUCCUGAAGACCAGCAAAGGCAGUCUGUUCGGAGACAACAUCAAGUGGAACUUCUCCAAGUUCUUGGUUGACAAGGAGGGGCGUGUCGUGGACCGCUACGCGCCGACCACCUCCCCGCUCAGUAUCGAGAAGGACCUCAAGAAGCUGCUCGCGAGCUCUUAAAUCUUAUUUCUGCAUCAACUAGAUGCAAUGCGUACAUUGCUUGGAUCACCUGAAGCUUCAACCCUGUUGUAAUAAAGGCUGUGCUUGGAACCGGCUAUGUUAUAUGUGCUCAGUGUCUCAGUUACCUUGUGCAGUGCAACCUCGUAAUAUAUGACAUGAUGAAACACAGUAUACUUCUGUUGCAGAAAAAAUUCAUGUAUUUUUGUUGAGAAUCCUGAGGAAUAAGUUUCGAAAUGUGA